AUGGAAGAACAAGGUUUCUUUAGUUCUCUUCUGAAUGUGAAUGAACUUGUUGGGUCGCCUUUGUUUGUGCCUUUGAAUUUAACAAAUGUUGUUCAUACUGUUGAAAAGUCGACAUUUGAAAAUGUUGUAAAUUCUAUUGAAAAGUCGGUGUCUGCAUCAGAUAUAUCUUUGAAUGUCAUAGGUGAAGUUGUGGUCCCUAAAGCGAAUGGUACAAGUGCAAAAUUUUUUGCUCAAGUGUUGAGUAAGACGUGUGCUAUUAUCCCUCAUGGUAGAUUUCCAAGAUCUAGUUUGAAAGGGGAAGACAUAGCUAUCAAAAUUCCCAAGGAAGACUAUAAGAUUAGUCUUGAAUCAUGCAAAAAUCAUCUUCAUCGAAGGUUGAUUUUGUCUAAAGGAGAUCCUCCCCUAAAACUUCAAGACUUGCGUUGUAAAUUAGACACUUUUUGGAAGCCUUUAAGUAAACAGAAAAUUGUUUCCUUAGGAAGAGGUUUCUAUGAAUUUGUUUUUUCUUCUACUGAGGAUGCCCAACGUGUUUGUGCGGCACUUUCUUGGAGCCUAAAGCCUGGUUUUCUCAAAAAAAUUGCUUGGACUUCUGACUUUAAUCAUAAUAACCAUAAACAAACAACAAUUCAAUACUGGGUUCAUUUUCUUGAUUUGCCACGGGAAUAUUGGAGUCCUAAUAUUAUCUUUGCAAUUGCUAGUUGUCUCAGAAUGACAAUGUGUUUGGAUGCUACAACAAGUAAGCGCCCACUAGAGAGAUCUUUUGGAUAUUUUGCUAGAGUUUUAGUUGAUAUUGAUUUAUAUGCUAAAAUCAGAUAUAAAUUGUGGGUUGAAAGAGAAGAUUAUGUGUUUCUUAUUAACGUUGAAUAUGAAAAUUUGCCACUUUUUUGUUCGCAUUGUCAUAACAUUGGUCAUAGUUUUUCUUCUUGUAAAUUUGUCAAAGUGGACCAAGAGAAAAGGGUAUUUAAGGAAAAGCAUAAAUGCAUGGGAAAUAAGUCUCAGAAUGAGGAUUUAAGAAAGGAAUCAGUUGAAUGUGAAAAUGCUACAUCUGUUGAUAAUAAUCCUCUUUUAGGAUCUGUUGAUUAUUUGAAAACCACUAUUGAUGGGAAUGUUGUGAGUAUAGAUGUGUUGCAUCAAGGAGACUUGGGUGUCCAAGGUAAUGAAAAUUCAUGUGGUUUAGUUGAUAUGGAUACCACUGAUCAAGGUAAAAUUGACAAAAAUCAUGAUAAAGAUUCAGAUUCAGAUGUCCAACAAGUUAUGAAUUUUCUAAGUGAAUCUUGGGCUAACAUGGAUAAGAGAGAUGAGAUUGUUGAUUUGGAUGAAAACACAAGUCAACCUUUUCAAUUGGUGGUUCCAAGAAAAAUGAAGAACAAGAAGAAAUUGCCUCAGGCGGGCAAAGGAUUCAAGGUGAGUGCAUCUAACUGUAUGCUUCACUAG